AUGUUUUCCCGCCUCUCAUGCCUGGCGGCCCUCGCGCUCGCCGGGCUCUCCGUUGCGCAGGAUCUCGGCGUGCCGUUGAGCUGGAGGAAAUUCAGCAACAACCGCACGCAGGCCGAGAUCAUCGGCAUCUCCCAGGGCGCGAUCGCGUACAUGUUCCCGCAGCUGAACAGCGCGAAGGCCGAGUUCAAUGGGAUCGGGUACUGGCAGUCGGGGAAUGUUUGGGCCUCCAUGGCGAACCACGAUUACCGCGCCGGGUCGUCGGCCUACGCGUCGCAGGUCAUUCCGGGCCUGAACACUGCGUUCAGCUUGUACGUGAACUACGAUCAGUGGGGGUACAACGACGACGCGAUGUGGUGGGCGACCGCCGCGUACUACGGCUACCGCGCCUACGGGGACCAGGGCCUGCUCGACCACGCGAUCAAGACGUGGGAGCAUGUUAGUACUUACGUCAUCACCCAAGAUGUGGCCAACGCGGGCCGCAUCGCGACGAAGAAGUCGAGCUUUAGGGGGACGUGCGAAGGGAAAACCAUGGCCGGCGGUGUCUUCUGGCGCGCCAACGACGACGACCUGGGCAUCAACAGCAUCACGACUGGCCUCUACCUCACCCUCUCCGCCUACCUCGCCGAGGCGACCGGCGAUUCCAAAUACACGAACGCGGCCAUCCUCUCCGCGAACUGGAUUAAGACGCUGAAUAUGCGGGAUGACUAUAUUGCGUUGGAUGGCAUUGGGGCGGGCGAUUGUGGGCGGAGUAGUGCGGGGUGGUGA